UGCGUAAAUGUGCUUUGGGUUUUCUCUAUUCGUAUAUCUGCCUCCUUACUCACGAGAGCAACUUUAUGCUCGCAAAAGAACACCAACUUCUUCCCAAUUUGGAGGACAGCUCGCAUAUUAGAUAGAAUGAUUGGAAGAUGUUUGCCCAAGAGAUCCUUGACCAGCAUGACGAGGACAAAAUACAUCCACGUUUCCACCGGGGAGAACUACGGCUCUCUCGACUUAACUUUCUCAGCCGAUUCACCCAGUGGCCCUUUUUUACUUCGUACAUUCGCGGUCGGCAAAACUACAGCAGUCUAUUGCGGGAUAACGUUAGCUCGCUAGCUACAGCUACAGUCUUCGUCGCCUUAGUUCUUACGGCAAUGCAGGUUGCGCUUGCCACGGACCAACUCAAAGAAAAUUCUCAGUUUAUAGCUGCUUCGUACGGCUUGUCGGUAUUCUCUAUUUUGGCACCACUUUUCGUCCUUGUAAUGGUGAUCCUAGAAGUGCUCUAUAAUCUAGUCAAGGACAACUUCCUGUCAAAGGCAACUACUGACGACACACCCGCCUCCGAGACUCCGCCUGGGGAAGCCACUGCUAGGACAUCGAGAAGUGGAGAUAAUAAUGUUUAAUCAAAGAGGCCUUGAG